CAGUUGGACUGAAGGGAAGUCUAGAGACAUACAGCGAGUGUUGCCCUCUCUCCUCCACUGAUCAUUUUUACAGAUUGAUCUUGUUUCUGCACACACACACACACACACACACACACACACACACACACACACACACACACACACAUACACAUACACAUACACACAUACACACACACACACACACACACACACGUACACAACUGAUGCUUUAAUGAUCACGCGACUUAAUUACCUGCCUUUGGAUGAAGUUGGAGUUUUCUUCUUGCAGAACAAACACAAUGUGACCAUGUUUAAGCAGACAUCGGAGUACCUUUAUUGAUCCAGGGAAGAGUGACUUAAGAAUGGGGAAACUUCAGUCAAAACAUGCGUGUAAGCGCAGAGAAAACCCUGAAGGAGACAGUUUUGUUGUGAACGCCUUCCUCCGGAGAGGGAUGGAGGAAUGUGAAAGGUACAACGCGACGGAUCACAAGCUGAAGAACAUGCAGGGGUUUCCAAAUGGUGAGCUGAAGGAAGGACAAUUCACAGAUCAACACUGUCCCCUAGAGGUGGUUCUUCCUCCAGAGAAGGCUGAGGGCUGUGAAAGCUACCUGCAGUACCUGCACUCAGAGGACGGAGUGCGGGAGAUACUUAGAGAUUCGACCAAAGCUCCCGGGAAGAAACGCAUCAGUCUGGAUGACCUGGAGUGUGAUGUUUCUGUGGAGGAUGACAACCGUCAGGAGUGGAUCUUUACGCUUUACGACUUUGACAACAGUGGGAAAGUUACAAAAGAUGACAUGUCCAGCCUGAUGCACACUAUCUAUGAUGUGGUGGAUGCCUCUGUGAAUCACUCCUGCCAUAAUAAGAGCAAGACUCUGCGUGUCAAACUGACCGUCACUCCAGAGCCCAGGUGCCACAGAAGAGAAACAGGAACAGAUCGCUGUCACCAAGAGGAGGGGCGUUCGGCUGACAAGCGGCUGUCCUCCUACAUCAGCAAAGGGCAGAGCAAUGAAGCGCAGGCCACCGAGGGUCAGCAUUACUGUGUGGAUGAGAACACAGAGAGGAGGAAUCACUACUUGGACCUGGCUGGUAUAGAGAACUACACCUCCAGAUUUGAAGGAACCACCCCUCCACAGGAGGCUCAUGUUCGGAGCUCCCAGAGCCAGAGCCGCUCACGCUCCCAGGAACCAGAAACCCAAGUUCUUCACCAGCGCCGCUCACAGGUCAUCAGCGAUAGCUACAACCCUAUGGAGUCUCGAAGCAAGGGUACACAUUUUGUCAAAUCUCCCAAAGGAACCUACAAGGGAGGCGGAGGGAAUAACGGGGGCAGCGGAGGUGGCAAAUCCACUAAAUGUCACGGCUACCACCCGCCUCUGCAAAGCAUGCUGCACAGUGGUAGCACAGCAGGACAUGGGGGUCAGGAUGUGUACCACUUGCCACACCAAGUACAAUCCUCUGGCCACCACCAGCACCCGUUGCAAUACAGUCACAGCAAACGCCUUAGGGCAAAAGCCCGGGAGGCCAUGUCCCCAUCCAAAACCCCGCUGUCCCCUCAGUCCUACCCCCAGCAGCAACCCCCUGUACUACCAAGCCUGGAGAGAGAGCAAGCGUCCAGUCCACCUGGGAGCCCAGGGUUUGUGGUCCCUGUGGUCCAGCGUCACGAGCACCACCAUCACCAUGAACACCACCACCACCACCACUACCACCAUUACCAUCAGACAUGACCGCGUUCAGUGUGCAGUGACUGAAACUGUACAGGACCAACCACAACCAACCACACCAGUCUGAAGGACUUAACGUCAUCCCACGGGAGUGUUUCACACUCUGUCCAGGAUCUUUUUACUCAACUCUUGCAAGCUAUAUACAGAUAUAUCCUGAGAUCAGAUGUACUGGGGAAUCGUGUAGUGCGAUGGCUGAUGGCCGAAAGGAUGUUUUUCGGAGUUAUUGUUUAAUAACAAAAGAUGUGUGGCACGGUUUUGAAGUUUUUGUAGAUUUUCUGCUGGGACUGCUGCGAUCGUUACCCAUGUUCAGUAAGGGUACAAGGAACAGAUCAGAGGACUUUUGACGAGACAUCCUUUCCCUCCUGGUGCUGUGGGUUAAAGUCCAUGGAAGCUAUUUGUGUCAGAGUAGGUGUGUUAUUCUGUGUGAGACCUUUCCAAAACAUGGAUCUCAGGUGUAAAGGUGCUGCUGCUCUUGAGCGUUUUACAGAGGCUUCUUCCUCUGGGAAGCCUUAUGUGGACUGAGGGGCUUCCUGUUUGGGAUGGGGGGAUGGGGGGGGGGUUGGAGUAUGAAAUCACCACUGCCAGUUUUAAUGCAAAAAUAUCUUGCUAUAUGUAUAAAAAAAUCUAUAUAUGUAAACACAUUUUACUGUAUAAUUAUUAUACUGUAUAUGCAUAUUUCAUCAUGGACAUAAUUAUGCAUAUAUGUAUUUUGUCUUUUAUAUAUUUUAAUAAACAUUAUAUAGUUCAUUUA